AUGCCGCUGGCCGUCGCGGAAGGUGCCUUCUGUGAACCGUUGUCCGUCGGUGCCGCGAUGGAAACGCCCGGGAAAAAGCGCAAACGAAAUGCGGAAACGAAUCCGUUUUUGAAUUUUACCGAUCAAACGUUUAGCAUUCCGUCCUCGACGCCGAAACAUUCGCGCCAGAUCGAUGGCAGCGCGUUCGAGAAUCCUUCGUUCCGGGCCGGGAACAAGGAGAACUACAACAUCUUUUCCGACUCCUGCAUGGAGGUGAAAUCGAUCGCGGAUCUGGCGGCCGGUAAUCGGAUCGGCGUGGUGGCGGCCGCUGGCGAGCUGAACCCGUUCGAAGUCGUCCGAAAGCCACCGAAAAAGAAGAAGAAAAACCACGAAUCGGGACUCGAGGAGAGCUGCUUCGAGAAUCCGUGCCUCAAUUUGGCCGCGGCCGACAAGAAACCGGUCAAUCCGUUCGAAGUGGUACGCGAUGGCGAAGAAUUUAAGCGACAGGAGGCGGAGGAGAUGAGCCGCUGCUUCGUUAACAGCGCUCUCAACAUCCGGAACGCGGACAAUGCACAACCGUACAAUCCGUUUGAGAUCGUACGCUCGAAGGAACAAGCACCAGCACCGCGGCCCCCGGAAUGCCAACGGCCGGUUCCGGAUCUAGCGGGCAUCGAGAAUCCAGCACUGGAGGUGCCGACUUAUGCGAUCGCCGUUCCCUUUACGCCAUCGCUGAAACACCGCAUCAACUUCCAGGAGUUACCGGCUGGCGCCCUCACACCAUGCCAUCUGAUGGCAAGCAUGGCCGUGUGCAGUCCCAUUCAUGGCCGGCAGCUUAAGGAGGUGCUGGCACUGGCGGAACAGGAAACACCGAAACGGAAUGUGACGAUUACGUUGUCCAAACGGCGAUCGUUGUCGGUCAUUAGCGAGGAGUCGGACAUUGGCGAGAAGCUGGAUUGCUAUCAGCUCGAGCUGGAGAAUAGUAUGAACGAAGCGAAGGCCAAAAGACAGCAGGCGGUCGGUGAAGGAGCAGCACCACUCUUCACCUACAGUGGCACCGGCCAUCGGCGUCGUUCCGUACGCCGGAGUCUGAUCGAUAUGAAGCACAUUAGCAAUCUUUCGCUCAAGUUGCGCGAACUGGAGGACGAAGAGACGGAUGUGCGGCGCCUGGAGGAACCGGAUGAAGAGGAAGAAGAUAAGGAAAACAAGCAACCGCUGCCAACGACGGACAGCGAGCCACCGAACGAACAACCAGACAACCAAAUCACUUUCACGAUUACCAAAGAGACGACGGUGCGCGAGGAGAUCCGCAUCGAUGUGUCCAAUCCGGACGUGCAGUUCGAGGAGGUGGACGACUUUGAGGAUGAGGAGCAGGACGUGGAGCUGAUGCACAAUCCGGCACCAUUCCAGCGUGCCUAUCGCAAGAAGGAACCGUUGGCCGAGCAACCGCGGCCGAGCGGUGACUUCAAAUGUCCGGCCAGCGUACCGGAAGGUGGAGGGAAAUCGCACAAAGUGCGCGAUGCAAUCCGUCGGAGCUUCCGCCGGUUGAUACCACGGCAUCAGUCGGCGACGGUUUCGGGCGAGGAGAAACCCAACAACAAGGAUGGUCACGAUGAUCACGAGGAAGGCCACGGACAUGGCCAUGGACUGAUAUCGAGCAUCCGGCACAGUCUGCGUCGUCGGCAACCGAAAGCAGCGGCCAGUGAGCCGUCGGAUGGAACGAAGAAACCGUCGGAAGCGUCCGAUGAAUCACCACUCGAGAUGUCCAUUAUAGCGGAGCAACCGAGGGUCGUCUACCGUCAGCCGGCACUGAACGAGUACAAACCGAUUGCGGCCAACCCGGGAGCGGUCGGUUCCACUCUGCGGAGCAGCUUGCGUCGAUCGACCAAGGACAUCCGCAAGCAGAUGAUGAAGUCGGUCUUCCGCAAGCAGACCACUUCCGGCGAUCUGCUGGCAGGCGACAAUGCACAGCACCGCGGCGAUGGUCAGCUCGUUUGA